AUGGAUUUGACAAAGGAUAUUUUAGAUUUUACCCUAAAAGUGGAGCGCAACGAAAUGGAAACGGGUGAGGAACCCAAAUCUAUGAUGCCAGUGGCAAAUGAUUUUCAAGAUUUCAAAGAAUCGAUUACAUAUCCUCGAGAAGAGGAAGCCACACCAACAGUAAGUGAUAACAAAUUAACUACAACAAAAGAAAGUGAAACCGAUACCACAGCAUCGUCUACAAUGAAAGCCCCUUCCGAAGUAGCGGCAAAACCCACCACACCUCAGCUAAUCGAGAGAGUGGCCAAUCCAUUGGAGAGCGGCAUUAAACCCUUGAUGGCUGGUGGUGAUAUCUCCCCGCCACCCAGGCCAUUGACCUCCAGUGAGGUUGUGGGUUUUACAAAUGUCUUAGAAGAUCCCGAAAUGCAAUUGGAUGCCUCGGUGGCUCUGAACAAAUCGCGAUCCUUGCCAGCCUCACCAAAUCACCUGACCACAAGCCAUCUAACAGAGUUGUUUGGUUUUGCAGCCAUGAAAGGUUUGGAGGCGCCCAUUAAAUUACCCGAUCCCUUAGAGGAGAGGCUACUCAGCAAUCUAAUGCCGAAAGUAUUGGCCAAUAAAACGGCACCCACCAAAGCCGUACCCGAGCCCGGACGCAACAACCAACAAUUCUGCCUGCGUUGGAAUAACUAUCAAAGUAACCUGACAAAUGUUUUUGAUGAGCUGCUGCAAAAUGAAUCCUUUGUCGAUGUGACCCUGGCAUGUGAGGGCCAUUCGAUUAAGGCCCAUAAAAUGAUUUUGUCCGCCUGUUCACCCUAUUUUCAGGCUCUGUUCUAUGACAACCCUUGCCAACACCCGAUAAUUAUUAUGCGUGAUGUACGAUGGCAGGAGCUGAAGGCGUUGAUGGAAUUCAUGUACAAGGGUGAGAUAAACGUCAGUCAGGAUCAAAUAAAUCCUUUGUUGAAAGUGGCCGAAAUGUUGAAAAUCCGUGGCCUGGCAGAGGUGAGCAGUGGCCAAGCGGCUGGACCACAACUGUUGGCAGGGCACAGUAGGCCAAUGUAUCAGGAGGAUGAUAAUGAUGAUGAAGAAGAGGAGGAUCAUGACACAGAUCAGGAUAUGUCCCCCCAUGCCAAGCGACCAAGAAUACAAAUAGCCCCGAAAAUAGCAGCAACAACAACUGCAGCAGCAACACAAAAUCCUGCAGAGCAAAGAAUUCGCAAACGUUCUAGGGAUGGUUUCUUUGUGGAUGAGGGACGUGUCACACCUAAGAUGGGGGAAAAUAAUAACAAUAAUAACACAAGGGUCCACUCUCCCCCGCCCCAGUUGAGGGAAAAAGAACAUUGCCCGAGAAAUCCAGGCGCCAAUACCACCUCUACAAUUGUCCGCAAUCCUUUUGCUUCCCCCAAUCCCAUGGCCAGCUCAACACCAAUAGAAACUACAACAGCCUUAAAUUCAAACUCCACACCCCUGACAUCAUCAUCUGCCACAAGUUCGCAAACAAAUUCCGCUCAAAAUUCGUCCUCCGCCAAUGCAACAUCUUCCACAAAUCCCAUGGCCUUAAAUUAUCGUCCGGAACGUAGCUGUUCACCGCCCCUGAUGACACCACCUCAGCAGGUGCCUAGCCGUUCGGCAAGUGUAGGUGGUGGUGGUAAUAUAGCAACACCCUCAUCUUUGCCUUCACCCUCAAGUAAUGCCUCCAAUGGACCAGCCCAGGCACCACCACAACCUCCGCCCAUUUCAAUACAUCCCCAUCCGGCAGCAGCUGCAGUGGCCGCUGCAGCCUUGGCCAAUCCUCAUCAUCCGCAUCAUCAUGCCGCCGCCGCGGCCCAGCAAUUGGCCGCCCAACAUCAACAGUUGCAGGCCGCGGCCCAUUCGCAUGCCAUGGCCAGUGCUUUGGGUGCUUCACUGGCAGCAGCAGCGGCGGGAGCUUCAACGACGGCAAGUAAUCCGGCGGGUGCCAGUUCUUCUUCGCAUCACGAUGAUAUGGAAAUAAAACCGGAAAUUGCCGAAAUGAUACGGGAAGAGGAGAGG